AUGUCUAUGGUCAUUCGUAUCACUCAAGGCGAUUCUGAGAAGCCUUAUACAAACAGCCGAGACAUGUCUGCGACGAGAGCAGGCAUCCCUUCCCAAACCAAAACGGACACAUUGUUUAAGUACGAGACUCCGGACCACUGGGAGGUUCAGCACAACUUUGAAGUAAAACUAGUCGAGCUGGACCUUCGUCAUGGCGAGGGCCAAAGGAUUGCCUGUUUAUUCAAAAAAUCUUUCUGGGGAAAGACGGUAGUUGGAAUCCAGAGGAUACAAAAUCUAAUCCUGUGGAACAAGUAUUGCACAAAGCGAGAGGAGAUACGAAUAAUGUUAGGCAUGAUGACAGAGAGAGAAGAGAGGACAUUGUUCCAUGGAACUAUUCCAGAAAAUGUUGAAGGAAUACUCCAUUCAGGAUUCGACUGGCGUCUGAGCGGAGAAAAUGGCGUGAAGUUUG